AUGAACAACGAAAAUAAGAACGUCAAGGAGGGAAAAGGUAUAAUAUUCGGCCACAACCCGUGUCAAACUGGUGACGCAAAGUGGAUGUGCCUCGAAGAUAUUUAUCAGAAGUUUCAUCGACCUAACGUCUACGACAUUGGCGGCACGACCAUGGAAGAUGUUGCAGAUUACUGGUUUAUGUAUAUAACAAAACAAGUAGGGAAUAUAUUUCUUUUAGAACUAUUUAUUUGCAGUCGACAAGAAGGGUCAUUCAAUGUUGCAUUAAGUAGUUCCAGUGAGUUAAUAUUUGAUAGGAAAAGUGACAUUGUAUACCUUGAUACUACUCUUAAAGAUUAUCAAUUAGAAAAAGAGAGUAAUCUAGCCUUUAAUUAUGUUACAACUUAUAACUUUACUGAUCUUGAUGUUGAUUUGCUCAAAGAUAAGAAGCUCUAUAUAGCAGUAUCAUUCCGCAGUCCCCCAAAGAUAGAUUUAGAUCAGAAUAUUAUUGAUUUUGUUAAAUGCAAUCACGACUUUGGUGCUUUAUUAGAAGAUCCAAUAGAUGCAGACUUUACAAUAGAAUCUUCUGAAGGAGAUAAGUUUCAAGUCCAUAAAGUUAUUUUAGCUUCCCAAAGUGAAGUAUUCAAGGCUAUGCUAAAGGAAGAAACUGCUGAAAGUCAGAAUAAUUAUGUCAAAUUAAUUGAUGUUUGUACGGAAGAUCUACAAUGUUUAAUAGAAUUUAUUUACACAGGAACUGUGAAAGAAUUGGAAAAUAGAAACUGUUUUAAUUUGCUUAUACUGUCAGAUAAAUACAACUUGAAAGGUUUAAAAGAUCUUGCUCAGUAUGCACUUUCCCUCCAGCUAUCUACUGAUAGUGUUUUAGAAAUACUUGUGUUAGCUGAUAUGUACAACUCGGACACACUUAAGUUUAGUGCCCUCAAAUUCAUUAAAAAGAAUGUUACUGUGCUGGGCAACAGCAUGUUCGACGAGAUAAAUAAUGCAGAAUUAGUAAGAGAGCUAUGUAGAUAUCUUGUUACUUAA